AUGGCCAACACAGGCCUUGGGCGCAACCGCGCAGCGAUGCCUGAGACGGCGUAUGUCGAUGUAGAGGAUGCACCAACAUCGUCAGAUACAUACAGCGAUGCAGAUGUUAACGAGCAUGACGCUGCUGCGUAUUACGACCAAGACAGCGACCAAGGUCCGGGGUAUGCACAAUUCUUCGACGAAGACGACUUGGAGGAAGAUGCGUCGGAUGACAGCGACACGGCCUCGUCCGAUGGCGAGAGUGCACUCCGCCAGCAGAUCGAGAGUGUCCCAUAUGCGAACUUAGUGCGUGCACAGCGAGCGAUGCGCAAGCAUGCGCCGAAACGUGAAUCGACCGACCCAGACACGCUGCGCAAGCGGCGCGAGCAGGCGAAACAGCUACUGCGCGAACAGACGCUGCAAUCAAAAGGCAAGCUUCCGCGCACGACAGCGAGGAGCGAAGCACAUGGCCACAUUGAAAAGCGCGAGCACAAAUCCGCGCCUACGGCCACCUCCUCUCGCCGCCCGGUAAGUCGCACACGCACAGUUGUGGAGCCUAUGCAACGCUCAAAGCAGCGCGAUCCUCGCUUUGACAAUCUGUCGGCAGGCCCUGUGAACAUGGAUCUUAUGCAGAAAUCGUACAAAUUUUUGCCUGGCGUCUAUGAAGAAGAGCUUGCUGCCUUGCACACAACACACAAGCGGUUAAAACGUAUGGAGGCGCAUCAUGCAGGACCACGCGCGACGAGCGAGCAGGCACUGCGCAUCCGCGAGGAGCGGCAGAAUGUCGAGCUAGCGCUUCGUCGUGCAGAGAGCCAGCGCAACGAGCGUAAAAGGCGCGGGCAGGAACGAGCAGUCAAGUCCACCAUUAAAAAGGAAAACCAGCGCCGUGUCGAUGCUGGCCAGCAGCCCUACUUCCCGAAACGCAAAGAGCAGCAUGCAGCGUUGCUGCAGAAAAAGUACGAGCACCUCGCGGGUCCCCAAGGCAGCGGUGCAGCGGUCAAGAAGGCGAUGGAGCGCAAGCAGCGCAAAGACGCACAAAAAGACCGCAAGUCGCUCGACGCAGCGCUCGGCGGCGGCUCACGUACGGAUAUGCGCUCGGAUAUGCGGCCCCGCAAGCGUGGGCGCCGAGGUUAG